UGAGUGUGUGACCGUACACAGUACUACUACAGUGCUCUGUCAUAUAGCACACAUUUCUGGUGUCAGUAUACAAACAACUCUUGCCAAGUUAAGGAAUGGAAGAACCCAAUAUCCCAGACUGGCUGACAGCUGAUUUUCUGAAGUCUUGUCUUGAAUCCGAUGAGGACAAUAAGGAAGGAGUAGUCAUCAACAGCUACAAUGCUGAGUCUGCAGUUCCACCCGGAAACAAUUAUGGCAGCAACAUUUUACGAGUGAAAAUUGUGUACAAGAAACUAUUUGAUUCAGCUGAAUAUUCACUAUCUUUAAUUAUUAAAGCUCCAUUAGUUGUUGGUGCAUAUUUCGAGCAGUUCGGAGAUUCCCUGAAUGAAGCUUGUUUACGAGAAGCCAAGUAUUAUAAUGAGUUUAUUACGGAAAGUUAUAAAUUGAUGAAACACGAUCUCGUUCCCAGACACUACAAGUCGCCGAAUCCACUUUGUGUUGUACUCGAAGAUCUGAAGAGAUCAGGUUAUGUUAUGGUUGAUAGACAAAAACUACUUGACUUUGACCAUUGCCAACUUUAUGUCAAGGCAUCAGCUAAGCUCCAUGCCCUCACGAUAGCUGUGCAUAAAACACACCCUGAUAUCAUUGAAUCUCUGGUAAGGGAAAAACAGAUCGCAACUGAAAAGACAGAACAAGUUUUCAAACAUUUAUUUACAACCUUGUAUAUGUGUAUGGCAACUUACCUAGAGGAUAAAAAAGAAUACAAGGAAUUCGAAGAUUUCUUCCGAGAUAUAUCUGAGGGUGAAACAUUUUUCAAUAUUUAUCGAGAAGUUGAAAAAACAAAGAGUAGAUUAACAGCUGUGAUCCAAAAAGAUCCUUGGUGCACAAAUAUGAUGUUUAAAUACAACAGUUUAGGUGACGUUUUGGGUGUAAAACUAUUUGACUUUCAAAAUCUUAUAUUUACCACACCAUUGAGGGAAUUAGUCACAUUUGUUUGGACCAGUGCCAAUCCAGAAGUCAGAGAGAAAAAGCUGCAUGAGUUAUAUCAAAUUUAUUGUGAUUCUCUUAACUGUACUUUCAAACAACUGGGAUGCUCUGAGAGACUUUCUAUUGAAGAGUUGAAGGAGGAAAUCCUUUUUCUGAGUCCUUUUGUAAUGGUUGCAGUUUGUGCAAUGGCUCCAUUUUGUCUUGCAGAUGAAGCUGUUAAUAUAAGUGACUUCCUUAAUGCAAAUAGUCCAGAUGUACCAAUAAAGGAGUCACACAAUUACAGAUUGUAUCAAGGUACCACUUUCAACAAGUACUUUCCACAAAUAAUUAACCAAAUUGCUAAAGAAGGUAUUUUUGAACAUAUUAAACAGAAAAUGAAGCAUUUGUCAUCAACAUAACAAUCCAUCAAUACAAAAAUGUUACUACAAAAAAUAUACAAUUUGUUUGUACAUUUCCUUAUAAAAUUAGGUAAUCUGCUUAACUCAUUUUGUUAUAAUCUAAUACUAAGUUUAAUAUAGAUUUGUUAUAAUUAAACCCUAAUUUUCUUAUCUGUAACCUAACUAUCUGUAGUAUUAACCCAUUAUUCUGUACAAAUCAGUAAUUUAAUUAAAUUUGAUUCUGGAUUGUGUUAGUAAAAUUCUAUUUACUCUCAGUGAUCCAAAAAUUUAAUGUAUAACUCAGGGUAGUAUUGCAUCCACCUAAGAGAAUUAAGUAUACUGAUGUAACUUGUUGGUUGGCUUUGAAUAGCAUUUCAAAAAGUAAUUGCAAAAGGUGAAUCUCCCUCUUUGUGUCUCAUUAUAAAAUAGUCGUACAACUACAAACAUGUAUUUUUUACUUUGAACAAUAAACAUAGAAAACAAUAAUUUUAAUAAAGACUGAAGAGUCUUGGGAGCAAUUUCAAAUUAGUUUUACUCUAGUCAGUAAUAACAACUAUUUUCCACUGUUAUUUUAUUUAAAACUCCACACUUGAUGAAAUAGACUUUAGACUUCACCUGCCAUCAUUAGUAAAGCUGAUUUGGACUCCCUGAAUGUUCCUAAACACUUGUACUCUGAAAUCAGUUAUAUCAUUGCACAAAUUUAGUGAAUAGUGUACUUCUCAAUUUUAAUUUUUCUAAAAUUUCUGCAUAUAACUGUGUAUAAUCUUUUUUUGUUGAGUCCAUCAUAAAUUACACUUUGCAGGAUUUCAUCCACUGGUUUCAGAAUUUAUCCACUAACUAUUCAUGUCCUGUAUACUGAACCACAUUUUUUGGACUAUGGAACAACCAAAAAGGAACAUUGUUUUGAAACAUUUGUUCUCAAUAAAAACACAAUCAUGAAUACUUUUAUCAGCGCCAACAAAUGAGACAAAGAGAUUGGAUAUGAUAUGAAAAUUGCCAUUUUUCAUUGUUUUAUUAAAUCUAAACACAUAAAGUGAUAGCCUGUAAUAUUGUUUCGAAAAAGUAUGAUGGUGCGUCCGAAGAGAGUCUUAAAAUGACUUUAACUGAGACAAUGUAAAGAAGACCAGUUGUAAAUCCUGGCAGAGGGAACUGGUGGUUUUUCACUGAACGAUGACAAAUGUCCAGAAAAAUCGUCUUUCUUAAACAUUCUUCAGUAAUCUUAUGUUUUCUAAUAAUCUAGUUCAGUAUUGGAGCUAAUAAAAAAGUAAUAUUAGAUAUCAUAUUUUCUCAAAUUUAAAUGUAAACAGAUGUUUCUGCCUGUUUCAUGAACUUUAGCUGAAAGUGUUAACAGCUGUUAAGUAUCAGUUCACAUUGUAUUACGUGUCGUAGCGCUGUCUGCCGGAUCCAUUGUGGAACAAUCCAAAAUCAGCAAAAAUUUAUAAGUUAAUUAAAUAAGCAAUUUAAAUUGGACCAAAUUGUGAAUCUAAACCAUUCUGAAACCCCUUCACACACACACACACACAAAUUCGUCAGUCCAGUCGUUUAGGAGGAAUUCAGUGACAUACUUACCAAGUGUACUGACUGGGUUCUGAUAGUAAAUGUGAUUUUCUUAUGCAUCAGUGAACAUUGGCUGCUGGCAGAUGAGGAUCAUUACCUUCAAGUGGAGGGAUAUAUACCUUUGACAAUGUACUGUUGCAAAACCAUAUUAGAGGUGUGUUAGUAUUUAUGCAUGUGAAAACAAACCAUUUCAGUGCAAUAUACUUGUCUUUAAGUGGCUGUGUGACGAAAUAAACUUUGAAUGUGUUUAUAUUGAAACUCCUAGAAACAUCGUUGUUAGCA